CUCCCAGUUUUCGUCUACCCACUGAUCAUUACCAGUCUAGCUCAGUCGCUCUUCAUAUGACGACACGGGCAUUGCGUAGCAUCCAUGACAGAGCGACUGAUGUACUUGAUGAGGUAGUAGAUGUACAGGGAUACCAUGAGGCUUGUUCGGGCAUUGUUGCACUGUGCGCUGAUGUAUUGGGCCGAGUAGAUUAUGGAUAUAUGGCCGACUCUCAGUAUUCCACCGCAUCUGCAUCCACAGCAGGGUCUUCUCAGGCAGUCCGACGUGAUAGAGUUGUUCUUCACCCUCGUAACCAGCGCAGGCGCCCCCGAGCACAGCCACAGCCACAUGAACUUCAUGAUGAUGAUGAUCACGUUGACUUAUGAUCUUUGUAUUUGUAUUAUUGUGUGAGAUUUGUAACAUGCACUGGCAGAUUGAAUCAUUUUGUGAAACACCGGAUUUAUUAUAACUUUUAUGUCUUAUUUCAAGUGUCGUGAUGCAAUGAGUUUCAUUGAUU